UAGUCUAACUAGGCAGCGACUGGGACAGGCCGGGGACUCCUGUGGGUCCUGUGGACAACAUUUGGCGCAUGUUGGACACUUUGCUUGACCUUAGCCAGCACCUAUCCUCAGCUCUUUUGGUAGCAAGGAAACAGGUCCAGCAGCCAGCUCUUAGAAUGUUGUGGAUAGAUCUGUUGAGACAAAGGACUGUCCAGCCUGAAAUCAUAAAUGAACUCUGAGUCUGAAAUCCUGCAUAUAAUUUACUCCUGGAAGAUUAAUUCUCCCUGACUGUCUUUAAGAGGAAGAGCUCUGUGGUCACUGAGUCUGAGUGAGGCAGCCUCUGUGGGGUCACUGCAAAUGCCUGCAGCAAGAACACGAACCUGUGUGCUGUGGAUCACCAAUGGAGUGGGCCCGGUUCCCAGGCCUGUCACUGCCUGUUGUGAGCGGCCUUGUCCAUUCGCCUCAGUAUGUGCACGCAAAGGCUCUGAUGUAAGGCACUGGUGGACCAGAGAGGGCCCAGGAAUGUGAGUCACAGGACCAGCUUUUUUCCAAUUCUACUUUCUUCUGAAUCAACUGGGACUUUGGGUCGUCAUUGUGAAGUCCAUCAGAUGACUGGCAACUACAUGUGGGAUCCCAGCACCAAUAAGUCAUUUGAUAUCGGCGUUAACAGAGAUAGCUUGAUGCCACUGUGGUGGAAUGGAUCAGAGCCUCUGUGGGUCACUCUGACCAAGGCCAAAAGAAAGGUCCACAUGUAUUAUUGGCCAGGCUGUGAGGUUGAGAUUCUUGGUGUCAGACCUACUUAUUGCCUAGAAUAUAAAAAUGUCCCAACGGAUAUCAAUUUUGCCAAUGCAGUCAGCGACGCUCUUGACUCAUUCAAGAGUGGCCGGGCUGACCUUGUGGCCAUAUACCAUGAGCGCAUCGAUGUGGAGGGCCACCAUUAUGGCCCUUCCUCGCCCCAGAGAAAAGACGCCCUCAGAGCUGUGGACACUGUCCUGAAGUACAUGACACAGUGGAUCCAGGAACGCGGCCUGCAGGACCGCCUGAACGUGCUCAUUUUCUCAGAUCAUGGAAUGACGGACAUUUUCUGGAUGGACAAAGUGAUCGAGCUGAACAAGUACAUCAGCUUGAAAGACCUGCAGCAAGUGAAAGACAGAGGGCCUGUCGUGAGCCUGUGGCCAGCCCCGGGGAAACACUCUGAGAUUUAUAACAAACUGAGCAGAGUGCAACACAUGACUGUCUAUGAGAAAGAAGCCAUACCGAGCAGGUUCUAUUACAAGAAAGGGAAAUUUGUCUCUCCCUUGACUUUGGUGGCAGAUGAAGGCUGGUUCAUCACAGAGAGUCGCGAGAUGCUACCAUUUUGGAUGAAUAGUACUGGCAAGAGAGAAGGCUGGCAGCGUGGAUGGCAUGGAUAUGACAACGAGCUCAUGGAUAUGAGGGGCAUCUUCCUGGCCUUUGGACCUGAUUUCAAACCCAACUUCAGAGCGGCUCCGAUUAGAUCUGUGGAUGUCUACAACAUCAUGUGCAACGUGGCAGGCAUCACCCCACUACCCAACAACGGGUCCUGGUCCCGGGUGGUGUGCAUGCUGAGGAGCCAGGCCAGUUUGGCCGCCUCUGCACAGAGGCCCAGCUAUGCACUGGCCUUGAUUUUCCUCUUACUGUUUGCAUAGUUGAUCACGUGUAUUGCUUGUCCCAAAACAUUGUCAACCAAGUGUGCCUCCAAAGUGGAAUGAUUUUCAUUUUCUAUGUGAAUAAUAGCUUCAUUAACACAGUCAGGGCCAUAUAAUCCAUACACAUAUUAUUUUUGGAUGAUUCUGUGCCUAAAACUCCCUCGUUUUUGAAAGCACCCAAACUUUAUUUUUCCUGAAAAUAGGAAAAUCUUAGCCUGUCAUUCUUUUAGCUCUCUGUGUUACUCUCCUUUCUCUUUAGAUAGUUGCUCCAGAUUAGCUAGCUAAUCUGCCCCACAGGAACCACACCUCAAGGGGAUAUUCUGUGGUCAUCCCUCCCUGUCUGACUGUAGCCAAAGGAAGCCCUCAGACCAGGCCCUUGUCUUCCCUGUCCACACUCAAGAGCCAUCUCUAGCGGUUUGUGGCCACAAUCUUCUACUGUUGCUUCCAUUCUAAAUGAACAGUCUACAGGAAAGCAAUAGCUUCUGUUGGUUUUUAAUCCUGCCCCUGGAGUUUUUGCAUCUUAUACAAAUUGCCAGAAAGAACAUAACCUAAGUCGGGAUCACCAAUCAACCAAUUAAAAAAUCACUGAGGACAGAAGAACUCAUAAAACAAAGUAAAAGACAUCAAUCCCCCCUGACUUGUGAGUACACAAUAAUUUCUCUCUUGCCUUGAAAGCAGAAAAGCUAAGAAUAGAUAUAGACUUCUGUGAGAUUUAUUGCCAGCAUAUCAUUAUAUGAAACCUACAAACAAUAAGCCUUGAACAUUAAUGAAGUGACAGUCAGAGUGCCUACCUGGCUGCCUCUAUUGUGUGGUGGUUUCCUUAGACAUUGGCACUCUGUUUCCAAAUUUGGAGAGUCACCACAGUAACACCUGGCAUGUCAGUACAGGCUGGGGAAGGGAUGGAUAUUGAACCAAUGAGGAUAUGACCAGGGCACAGAAAUACUAGUUCAUUGCUGGACAGACACUAUAUUAAGCAUAAGUGCUAUCGUUCAGUAGUCCUGAAUCAGAGCUUAGCUGACAGAUCUGAAGGCAAUCCUUGAGUGAUAUAGAAUUCCAUAGAAAAUAGUGGGGAAGAUGGAGGAAGGAAUAGAGAGAGAAUGGCAGAACUGAAUCCCAGUCACUGACCAAGUCAUCACAGGAUUAGGAAACAAGUGUCAAAGUGGUGGUCACCGGAAACCUCCAAGAAGAGUCACUGAGCCUGAGCUGAUAUAGUUUUAAUUUACUCUUCUAAGUUGCUAUAGGAGACUUUUUAAGAAAGAUUCUUAAAUGAUCGGACUCUUGUCUAUGUAUGCACAGUCCCUGACUGAUGAUGGUUUAACUCUUGGUUUGAUUUCAUGAAAAUGCAAAAGCAAUGCCUACUCAGUUGAAAUCUUCUUUUCAAUUUUAAACUUGUGAUAAGCUAGAUGCAUGCAGUCUGUCACUUGUCUCUGUGUCUCAGAAAGCCACACAAUCAUGGAGAGACAACUAAUAUAGUGUCCUGUGUAGCUAUGUGAUCAGGUUUAAUAGGUUUGGUGUAUUAAGUGCAUUUUCCACUUAUAUGAUGAUGAUGUCUUCAACUUACAAGGUUUUUGUUUUUUGGUUUUUUUUUAUCGGUACUGGGGAUUGAACUCACGACCGCCUGCUUGCAAGGCUGGUGCUUAUGCCACUGAGCUAAAUCCCCAGCCCCUACUAGGGAGUUUAUUGAAACUACAUACCCUCAUCAUAAGUCAUGGAGCAUUUGUAUAUAUAUAUGAAUUCUAUUAUUAUAUUCAAAAUGUGCCUAACUAGAUGAAGCCCAUCUGCAUGUGAGACUUUGUCAGGAUGAGACAGCACAUGAGAUCUUAGGAGAUCAAUACAUGAGGAAAAGGAACCCUUACAUCAACAUGCACCUUAACUCAGACAGGCUGAGAGCCAUCUACAAGCCGUGAAUCGUGAGACCAAAGGAUCACUUCUUAAAAAUAUUGACUUCAUCUUCACAAAAGAUUUCUAAGGGUUUAUGUAAUAUAUUUUUGAAGCUCCAGUAAACAUUGAAUCAAUUGAAAAGGAGGCAAAUCAGUCUUUGUUGUGUGGUUGAAAGCAAAUUAGUACUUUCAGAACACUGGCACUGGUUUUUGAAACAGACGUCUAUUGUUCAAAGUUUUCUUUCCCCUUAAUGGAUGUGUUUUGUUGAAUUAAGUGGAGCCCACUUCCUCCUUCUUGAAGGAAGGAACUCUAAGACGUCCCUAAGCAAUUAAGUUAAAAGUGAAUCAUCAAAAUCAAGAGGGGAUAAACACAUACAUGGUCAAGUUAUGUAACAAAAUUCUAGAUAUUUGGUUGAAAAAAUAUAGUUUCUUAGUAAGUACUGUUAAAUAAGUGAAUGAGAAUAAGACUGCAGUGAAAAAUCAGACUCUGAAUGGAAAAAAAAUCUUUUUGUCUAAAAUAAUGCAUGUAUUUCAGUGGCUUAAUUGAUCAAAAUUUGUUGUCUUUUAGUUUUGUUUUAAAUUUGCAUUAUUUCCCUAGGUAAAUUCCAUUUUGCCUAAAUGUGUUAUGUUCUACAGGAGUAAAAUGUACCAGGAAUAUAUAUUAGGCUCCUUUCUUCUGGAUUAUUUUACAACAUCACUGCUAAUUCCAAGAGGAAGAUAAUUAGGUGGACUUACCAAUAAGAAAUAAAAAGAAUGAUCCUUAAGUAAAAGAUGAAUUGAAGAUCUACUUUCCCUGCCCAUGAGCCUAAUUUCCAGAAUCCAAUUCAAAUAAAUUCUGUAAACUAGAACAUGUUAAGGACAUUUUUUCUAACCCGGAAGGGUCCCGCAUUUUUAACAUCUAACUCUCUUUACUUUUAAAGUGAUCUGAGAAAUCCACAUCAGAUCUUAAUUCAGUUAUAGAUAGUACUUUGCAAGUUUUCUGGGCGUUUAAGCAUUGUCUGACUCACUUUCAGAGAUGCCAACUCACAGGAUCUGUGAUAGGGCCUCACACAGCGUCUUUAUGUCACAUUGAUCUAAGCUUUAGGUUUGCUUUAGGGAGAGGUAUGUUCUGACUUGAUUUGGGGAAUCUAAGUCCCCUGGGAGCUAUUUCUUAAUCAGUCAGCAUCUCUGGGGGCCACUAGGCUGACACUGGCUGUUAACCCCACUGGGUGAGGCUUCCAGCCUUCAAAAACAAAGCAGAUCCGUAAGUCCCACUGGGUGGAGGGAGCUCAUCUCACCCACCCCUCAUGGCUCUAAGAUUCUCGAAGGUACUAUCAGACAAACGAAGACAUUUGUUCAAGACACAGAGCUAUUUUGAACUUUCUAAUGAAAUGUGAAAAUUUGUGUAAAUAGCAAGAGAUUUGCAAAAGUGAUUGUGUGUUUUAUCUUUUUAAGCCAUUUGCAAUAGACCAAAGUCAGCUACUGUAAACCACUUGCUAGAAGAAAAAGAGAAGGUAGCUUUGACAGAUUGAUUAUAAAACAUUGGUCUCAGGUAUAUAUGGAAAUACAUGUUGCGUUGAAAUUAUAAAAUAGCACCUAAUACAGUGCCUUAAGUGUUUAAUAAAUGUCCCAUAAAUAUGUGUUGAAAGAAAUAAAGAAUAAAAAUCAUUAGAGCGAUUUGCUUAAACUUCA